UCCCCACUCAAAUCUUCAACCCCAUAAACUAUAAAUACCACAUUCGUAUUAUUCUUCAUUCUCAUAUUCUUUCAUCUUUCAACAGCUUUUUUCCAAAAGUUAGUUAAUUUCCCAAGCUUUGUUUCACUCUAAGUUUAAGUUCCCAAUUUUUCUUUGUUUCAGCUUUUCAUUUUCACACUUUAAUCAUUUACUUACUAUACAUCUCAAACUUUCUUGGAAAAAAAGGUACUAAACAUACAUCAUGUGUAUGGUGUCAGUUUCUGUUUCCACGGCUGAAAAAGAGACUUUUUUCUCAAGAAUAUGGAAUAGGGUUGUCCUAAAAAAGGCUACUACUCAUAAGGAACAGAAGAGUCUAACAACAACAACAGCUAUAACUACUACUGAUCCACUUUCACUGAGUAGUAGUGAUACUAAUAAUGGUGAAUUAGAGAGGUUGUUUACUUAUUUUGAUGAGAAUGGAGAUGGAAAGGUGUCACCAGCUGAGCUAAGGAGAUGCAUGAAGGCGGCAGGAGGUGCGCUGACGGAGGAGGAGGCUGAGAUGGCAGUGAGGCUAUCUGAUUCUGAUGGGGAUGGGUUGUUGGGGUUGGAAGAUUUUAAAAAGUUGAUGGAGGGUAUGGAGGAAGAGAGGAAUAAAGAGAGUGAGUUAAUUGGAGCAUUUGGUUUGUAUGAAGAUAUGGAAGGUAGUGGAUACAUUACUCCUAAGAGCUUAAAGAAGAUGUUGAGUAGACUUGGCGAGUCAACUUCCAUCGAAAAUUGUAAAGCUAUGAUUAGUAGAUUUGAUAUAAAUGGAGAUGGAGUUCUUAGCUUUGAUGAGUUCAAAGUUAUGAUGACAAAUUAGAAGAGUUCAGAGAAAGAGAGAUUUGUGUACAUAAUAUAAUAUGAUUCUUGAUAAUCAGAUAAUUCUGAUUAAUAUUUUUCAUGGAGAUUUUUUUAGUCUAUAGAUUCAUAAUAGUAAAGCCAAAGGAAAAUACAGCCUUGUAGUAUAUCCAAUUUUAACUUGCUACAACAAAAUUGUUAUCAUAAUGAAUGAAAGUCAAAAGUUGAAGAUAUAGUUUUAACACAAAUGGAAAAAUAUAUUACUACUUCCUAU